AUGACCAAGAUAGAUGAUAAACGACAACAUAUUCUUAAUCUUUUACAAAAAAAAAACGAUGAUCCAUAUAAUAAGCAACUUCUUGUACAGUUUAUACAAGAAGGUGUAGAUUAUUUCCUUGACAUUAAUUUAGAAAAACAUCAACAACACUUCUUAUGUAGUCAUAAAUACGUCAAUAUUGUCGUAGAAUUAUUUCCUGCUUUAGUUGUCGAAGAAAAGAAUUUCAUUAUAUUCCGAAAUCUUUUGGAAAGUCACCUUACAAAGUGUUUUGAUUGUGUUGAAGCAAUUUAUAUUGGCAUUAAAGAAUUAUAUAAACGUUAUAAAGCAAUAUACGUAACGGAUUCAGAAAUUAAGAAUACAGAAAUUUUCUUUGAAAGCCUUAGAAAAUGGCAAAUAAAACGAAUCAAGGCAUCAUUAACCAAGGUUGCAAAAUUCAAAGGGAAAAUUAAUACCAAUACAUAUGGAAACUCAUCAUCAUCAUCUUAUGAAAUCUAUUUACCUAUUAUUUUUGAUUUGCUUUUGAAUUCCAAGUAUUUUCAAAAUUCCAAUAUCAAUGAACUUUUUACUAGUAUUUUGACUUUUUUACAGCAACAAGGAAGUUUUUUUAAAUUAACGUAUAGAUAUCUACCUGGAAUGCUAUUGAGUGCUUUACAUGAGAAUCAAGAAGUUAGACAAUGGGCUUGGACAUCAUUUCAAACUAUUAAUUAUGAGUUAAGGGUUAAAGAAUUCAAGUUUUAUGAAUUCGAUGUUGUCAUGAACGGAGCUUUACAAAAACUUGUAAAUUUUGGGGAUAAGCAAGGCUCGAAAUACCCUUUUACUAAAAACAUCGUAGAAUUCUGGAAGGGAUUUAGAAAGAUCCUUUCCCGUUUGGAGAAUGAAAUUUUAUACGACGAUUCUUGCUUAAAAUAUGAUAUUAAAGAAAUUUUUUAUACUCAUUGGAAAAAUUGCACCUAUAAUCAAGGACCCUUGUUGAUUGAAUUAUUAAAAGCUCUAAAUAUCCUUUUAAAGAAAUUGGGGCAAGAUCUUUGGACGAAUCAUGGACAUUGGAAAAUUAAAAUACUUGAUGUAUUUGAAUCUUCUAAUUUUCACGUUCUCACGAUUACACAUUCAAAGAAAAAGUUUUUGUUGGCCUGGAUUCAACCUUACAUCAUUUCGAUUAUAUCCUCAAAUACUUUUCUAACAAUUUUGGAAAAAGUAUUGGAUAUCCUUAUGAAAGAAUCUCAAAAAUCAGAUUGUGAUGAUGGAUAUAGGAUCGUUUGUUAUGAUAUGAUUUUAAUGAUAGUUCUUCAAACAUUAUCAAAGAAUGGUCUUGUACAUUAUACAUUUUAUCGUAAUUAUGCUUCAAGGAGUUCAAAGUUUAGAACAUUGUUUGACAACGUUAUGUUGAGAUUUUCUUAUGAGGAUAUUAAUAGGAACAUGCGUAGCUUGGGCAUGUCUGGAAUGAAAGAGACAUUACUUAAAAAACUCAAAGAAGUUCAGAGGGGAAGAAACGUGAAAUAUCCAAAGAGACAAGUACGCCUGAUCGAAACCCCUCAAAAUAAUACGAAGGACCAUUGGAUGGAACGUUUUCAAAGACAAAAAGAUAAUGAAGCUCGGUUAACGCCAAAUUUGAAUCCUCUUUAUAAGAAAAUAUUAUCAUUCGAAUUCACCAUAAGCAGCGAGAUUCCGCCAGACACUUAUCUACGUGAUUAUGAAACGAUUCCAACCACAUUUUCAUCAGCGAGACAUUAUGUUCAAAUUUUUGAACCGCUUCUAAUCUUGGAAUGCUGGCAUCUGUGUAACUCAAAAAAAAAGGUGAACGAUCAUGCUAAGUUUGUCAUUUUCGUGAAUGAUAUUUGUAUGGUUGACGAUUUCAUAGAUGUAUCAUUCCAUUGUGAAGAGCAUGAUUUGAAUCGCUUAUCGGAAAACGAUUUGUUAUAUAUUCGUUAUGAACCUUCGGAGAAAGAUUCUGUACAAUAUAAUAUUCCACUUAUCCAAAGCAUAGCUAUAUUCAAAAACCAAAAGUUUUUAUUGCAUUUAAAUGAAUCUUCUCAUAACGUUCGACGCUUUUUAUUUAAGGGUAGUAAAUGGAUGGCACAUCGGAUUAUGAGUUUAACGUCUAUUAUUCGAGAAUAUGCAGCCUUAAUUGCCAUGCAUAAAUUCUCAUUGAAGGGUCAAAUUCUUUCACCAAGAGCUUCUAUCGUAUCAUCAUCCGCUCAAAAAAUCAAAUUUUACAAGAAUAAUUAUCAUAUUAAUGAACACCAAGCAGAAAUCAUUGGCAAUAUUCUAGAAAAUGAUUGUGGAUUUUCAUUAAUUCAAGGUCCACCAGGAUCUGGAAAAUCGGAAAUGAUAAUUAGUUUAAUUUCUGCUUUGAGAGAUAGUUCGAAUUUUCAAGGAAAAAUUCUUGUUUGUGCACCUAGUGAUUCCGCUAUAAAUAUCUUAUUGAAUAAAUUCAAAGAUGGAACAGGAAAUGAUAUUAGGGUUAAUAUUAUAUGCUUGGGAGAUUCGGUUCCUAACUUAAAUGUCUCUUUGGAUUUUUGGGCUGAAAAAAUGAUGUUUGAUAUAAAAGGAAAUAGCAGUAGAGACCUAUUGUAUUAUAGAAGAAAAGUGCUAGAAAAGGCGGAUGUAAUAUGUUCCACAUUGAUCGAAAGUGGUAAUGAAAUUCUUUCAACUACGGAUAUUUAUUUUAACACGAUCAUAAUCGAUGAUGCAACUCAAGCAAUUGAGUUGAGUUCGUUAAUACCUCUAAAAUAUAAUCCAAAACGGGUUAUUCUGAUCGGAGACCCACGUCAGUUACCUCCAGUAAUCUCAUCAAAAUUUGUAAUGCAAUUUUCCUAUGACAAGAGUUUAUUUGCUCGUAUACAAAAGAAUUCUCCAUCAUCUACAAAUCAGCUCACGAUUCAAUAUAGGAUGCAUCCAGAAAUAAGCAAAUUUCCCAGCCAGUUCUUCUAUGAUUCACUUAUUAAAGAUGCCGAUUGUUUAUUACAAAAACGAAAUCAACCAUGGCAUCAGGGUCAAUUUUUUUCUCCUUACAGAUUUUUUGAUGUUAAUGAGAUAAUAAUUGAAAACGAUUUGACAUGUGACAAUGCUGAAGCAAAAAUCAUCGCUAAAGCAUGUAAACGACUGAUAAAGGACUUUCAUCAAGUGGAUUUUGACGGUCAAAUCGGAAUAAUCGUUUCUGAUAAAGAUCAAAAGUUUAACAUUUUACGAGAAUUCACAAGAGAUACCGUUAUCGAGCUUGAAAUCGAUACAUUAGAUACAUUUCAAGGACGAGAGAAAGAUAUUAUAAUAUUAUCAUGUUUUUGUCCUUGCAAAGAGAAUAAUAUCGGAUUUUUAAACGAUUCCAAAGGAUUGAACGUUGCACUUACUCGUGCAAAAUGUUCUUUAUGGAUCUUUGGCUCCUCAAAUACUCUUGUGCACAAUGAUUCCUGGAAAUCAUUGAUUGAGGACGCCAAGAAUCGUGGAUGUUAUACAGAGGCGUCUGAAGGAAUGUUUUAUGUUGUAGAAGAAAAUGAUGAUGUAUUUGAUGAAAUCUCUCUUUCGAUGGAAGAGGAUGAAGAUGAUAUGUUUAUCGAGAUACAAGAUGAUGACAUGUCAUCUAUUCUGGAAGAUUCAGAAAAGAUAGUUGAGUUAAAAGACAAUAUGGAAAAUGAUGAACCAAAUGAUCGAUUAACGUUACCAUCUGGAGUUUUUGCUCGACUUAACGAUUCUGUUCCGACAGGUGAAGUUUCUCGAUAUUUUUCACAUCCACCGGAUCAUAGUCAUUGUGAUUGGAGACCAGUCCAUCAUCAGAGACAUUUUCAGAUCAACGAUAAUUACAAAAAUCAUUAUCAAAACCCAUAUAAUUAUCGAAAUCAUUUUCCAAUUGAUGAUAAUCAUCGUCAACGUGUAAAUAACAGUAGACGAAAUAAAUAUCCAAGAGUUGAACGUGAAUCGACAGAAAGAUCACGAUCUCCAAUAAAGAACGAUGUCCAAGAUAACAAAAGAGAUCGUUCAUCGUCACCAGAAGAAGGUCCAAGUCGACAUAGAAGAUUUCAUAAUGAAAGAAAUUAUAAUCGUACGUAA